AUGAAGAGAGGCGGCGGCGGCGGCGGUCCGGCCGACUUCGUGGCUCUCCUCCCUCCGGAGGUCCGCUCCCGGAUUUUCAGCGGCCUGGACGUUGAGAGCUUGUGUCCCGCGGCCGUGACGUGCAAGGGCUGGCACCGCGUCAUCGAGAGCAACGACCGCUUAUGGAGGCACCACUGCUUGAGCGUGAGGGCUGUCUGCCAGCGGGAGAUCGACUGCGAUCGAGGAAAUGGAUAUUCCUGGAAGAUCACAUUACUGAGAAACUACUGGAAAAGCAAAGUGAAGCAAGAAUGGCUGAGUGGGAAAUACAGCAACAUUCCUUCACAAAACAGCUUGCCAGAGAAAAGCAUGUAUCCGAUGGACGUCGACACAUGGGGAGAAAUCCUGGAAGCAGAACUUGAGAGAUGAGAAACCAGUGCUGGUUCUUGCAACUCAAGAACCUUCUAUCAACUCACAGACUGCCAAACUGUAAAUAUUUUGCCAUUCAAAGUCAGUUGUGUUUGCAAACAUGAUGAAAGCUUCUCCAAAAAAAAAAAGUUGUCUUUUUUUAUUUGCACUUUAUCUGAUUUUCUGUAAAAUUCUAAAGAAUAUUCAGUUGUAAUUUUAUAUUUGUAAAUUUAAUGUUCUGCUGUAUUGUCAAAAAGAUGUUGAUUGUACUUUUAAUUUGCACUUUUUAUUUUGGAAGAGAUGACUUUAAGAAAAAAAAAAGUGUGUUUGACUUGAAGCGUAUCAUAGCAGCAGCACAACAUGAAAGCCCACAAAGGAAGGCUGGGGAAGGGACAAAUCCAGA